ACCGCGCGAGUUUAACAGGACAACAAAGAGUGAAUGCACUGGAAGAAGAAGAACAAGCCCUACGUCGUCUGAACCUGCAGAAUAACGAGUAAAACUAUUUUGUAAUAACUUUCCCCUUUUGUAUUAAAAACCGCGUAUUUCAAUUUCAAAUAUAUCUGCUGCACCAUCACACCGUGUUCUCACUUCAGACGCACUUGUCUGUCCUGACUGUUGUGUUGCUGUUUCAGGUCGCUCCUGCUCCCAAGUGAACGUCGAAAUACAACGUGCUACAAGUGGUGAUGGAGGUGUUCACUAAAAAACGCGAUGAAAACCUGAACGAACCGCCGGUGAUUCCAGUCAAGCCAACUACUGGCUCAGCUCCCCGUCAACCGCCACUCCUGGAAAACUCGUCAGACUAUGCAGUGUGGAAGUUCAAAGUUGCAGCAUAUCUUCGUAAAGUUCCAGCUUCGGAACAAUUCGAUUAUCUGGUGUCCUACCUCAGUGACGAAGCUACCAAAAGAGCUAUAGUUAACGGGUUUGCGGCGGACAAUACUCUCGCUCAAAACUGGAAGAUUCUCGAUGAUUGUUUUUCGACGCCGGUGGAUCCCCAACAAGCAGCCAUCCGAUUUUUGUCACGACAUCAAACACCCGGCGAGAAUCCAAUGGAUUAUUUUAAUUCUUUGCAACAGAUGGCUGUGCAAGCGUUUCCUUGUCUUGAUGCCACUGGAAGAGAUGAAUUGAUCAAGUCUCGGUUCGUGGAAGGGUUACUAUCCGGUUCCUUAAAGGAACACUUCCUACUAAACCCUCCAACAGAUAUAAAUUCCUUAAAAAGAGUUACAUUCCGGUUCAUGGCAGCCGAGCAGCUAAAAAGCCCACUUGACAUGCACCAGCCAACUGCGAUGGCAGUCAUGCAGCCUACAAAAGCGAGUCGCCCACUGAACCCUCAACGCAUAUCUAACGUUACCCGGUCUCCCCACUGGAACAGCAGUCGAAGACAGUUCAAUCCCACUGAGAAGAAGUGGAGACCAACGAAUAGUUAUCAUGGUCGUCAAUCCGAAUGCCCGUACUGUCGAAGGUUUGGCAAAAACGCAAAGAAAUGUGGUCAUAAUCGUUUUGGUAACACAAGUAAGCCGUACAUUUUCCAUUUAUCUUCUUAUGCUAACCAUGUGCGUCCCAUCACGAUUAAGGCUAGAGUACAGGGUAUCGAUAUCGAAGUUUUAUUAGACACCGGAGCGUCAAUAUCCCUAAUUAAGAGCGAGUUUUUAGGAAGGCUUAAUCGUAAAGUCCAACAGACGCGAUACCCAUCCACAUUACUCACAGCUAGCGGAGACCCAUUGAAAGUGAACUCUAAGGUAUGGUUGGACCUAAUGAUAGAUAGACAUCCGUUCCGUCAUGGGUUUUUAGUUUGUCCGACUUUGACUUGGGAUAUGAUACUUGGAGUCGACUUCAUGUUAGAACAUAAAGCUGGUAUAUUUAUGGACAGCUUGGAAGCUAAAUUUGGAGAGACUAAAAUACGCUUGCACCAUACUAACACGCCAUUUAAAUCUGUGUCAUAUGUGGGAAUCUCAGACCUGGUGCGGCAAGUAAACGACAACCGAACACUAAAAGAGAAAGAUCGACAUGCAACGAUUGCCGUGCUUCAACAGUUUAGUUCGGUAUUCGAAGAGAGUAUUUCCGGCAAUCGCACGAGUACGGUGCAACACACCAUUUGCACGGGGGACCACAGACCACUUAGGCAACCGCCUCGUAGAGUUCCAGUACACUAUCAACCACAACUGGAUACGAUGAUAAAGGAUAUGCUUGACAAGAAUAUUAUAGUACCGUCAUCAUCCCCCUGGGCAUCACCUAUCGUCCUGGUUAAAAAGAAAGAUUCCUCUCUGCGUCUCUGUAUAGACUAUCGACGCCUUAACGCUAUAACUAAGCGUGACUCUUUUCCUCUUCCGAGAAUCGAUGCUAUAUUAGACGCUUUGAGUGGCGCAUGUUGGUUUUCAACGCUAGACCUAGCAUCAGGGUACUGGCAAGUGGGAGUCAGACCACAAGAUAGAAAGAAAACCGCAUUUGUAGUGCCAAAUGGUUUAUACGAAUUCCAAGUAAUGCCUUUCGGUCUAACGAAUGCCCCAGCUACCUUCCAAAGAUUAAUGCAAACAGUUUUACAAGAUAUAGUACCUCAUAAAUGUUUGAUUUAUCUCGAUGACAUUAUUGUGUAUGGUAGCACACCUGAGCAACAUAAUGCUAAUCUGAAAGCAGUUCUCCAUCGCCUUCAACAACACAACCUAAAAGUAAAACCGUCCAAAUGUCGUCUGCUGCAGAAAGAAGUAGUUUUCUUAGGAUAUCGUAUCACUGCAGAUGGAGUAGGCACCGAUAAAGAAAAGACACGUGUCAUUGUUAAUUGGCCACAGCCCAAAUCACCUGAAGACGUUCGUAGCUUUCUUGACCUAGCUUCUUACUACAGACGCUUUGUCCGUGACUUUGCAUCAUUAGCAGCACCCUUACACCGUUUGACGCACAAAGGACGAAAAUUUUUAUGGACUACAGAGUGUCAACAGGCGUUCGAUGCUUUGAAGACACGACUAAGCUCUCCACCUAUAUUAGCCGUUCCGGAUACCUCAGCAAGCGGGGGAGAAUUUAUACUUGAUACGGAUGCCAGUUCCUCCGCUAUUGGAGCAGUUCUAUCACAAGUGGCCCCAGAUGGGCAAGAAAGAGUCAUUGCGUACGCUAGCCGUCGACUGGAUAAGAGCGAAACAAGAUAUUCGACAACGCGUCGAGAGAUGUUAGCAUUAGUAAAAUUCUUACAACAUUUCCGCCAUUAUUUACUAGGUAAACCUUUCCGUGUACGCACAGACCACCGUGCACUACAAUGGCUCCGCUCCUUCCGCGAACCAGAAGGCCAAGUGGCACGCUGGCAAGAGCGACUACAGGAGUUUGAUUUUACUUGCGAAUACCGACCAGGCAGCCGUCACACAAACGCCGACUCUCUGUCCCGUAUACCCUAUGCUCCUAGUACCAUUAGUGCUGUCCUUAGCACAGCCCCAGAGAUCGACUGGGCGUCUCUUCAAGCAUCAGACCCUGACCUGCAUUUCAUUUACCUACGACAACUACACGGUAACGAUAAACCUUCUACGGCAGAGUUAAAGGAUCAUUCCCCAGCGACGCGCCGUCUUUGUACCAAGUGGAGUAGCCUGAGAUUGUAUGGGAACACACUAUUUAUAGUCAGCGAGUCAAAACAACCACUGUUGAUAGUACCACGUGUGCAAGUUCAGAAUAUUAUGGAGCAGGUGCAUCGAGAACUCGGGCACUCGGGGAAACGAAAAACUGAACAUGCGAUCUGCCAGAGGUUUUGGUGGCCAUCCAUCCAUGAAGACGUGACUGAAUUCUGCAAAAAUUGUAGCACGUGCCAUGCCAUCAAGUCACCUCAGCAAAGACCCCGUGCACCGUUAGUCCCAAUGACGACAGAAGGUCCACAUCAACGAGUCGGUAUCGAUAUCAUGGGGCCCCUUACGACAUCAAAGAACGGAAACCGUUAUAUACUGGUGAUGGUGGACUAUUUUAGCAAAUGGUGUGAAGCCGUCCCUAUACCUCAACAAGAUGCCCUCACGGUCGCUCGAGCUUUCAUUGAUCAUUGGGUCUCCCGUUAUGGCGCUCCAUUCUCACUCCAUUCCGAUCAAGGUACAGCUUUUGAAAGCCAUCUCGUCGCUCAGGUAUGCCGAUUAUUGGGUAUCCGCAAAACACAUACCACUGCAUACCACCCUGAAGGUAACGGUUUAGUAGAAAGAACAAACCGAACCAUUAAAACCCUCCUACAGUCGUUUAUCAAUAAUUUGUCGACGGAAUGCUGGGAUGAUGCAAUACCCCAAUGCUUGUUAGCUUACCGCGCAUCAGUUCACGGUUCCACGGGAUUUUCACCUGCGAUUUUACUCUUUGGACAUGAAUUACGCCUGCCUGUAGAGAUCCAAAUGCCGUUGUUGCCUUUCGAAGCUCAAGACUAUGUACCAUACGUCCGUAACCUUCGUAGCCGCCUAGCCGACGCAUACCGUCUAGUUAAAGCUAAUCUACAAAAUGCCAGCAAACACCAAAAGAAUGUGUACGAUCGACAUGCGAACGGGCCCGUAUAUAAACCUGGAGAUCGUGUGUGGCUACAUCGCCCUAUGGCCCCACCAGGAACAUGCGGCAAGUUUCACCAACCUUGGAAAGGGCCUUACGAAAUCUUAUUUAUUCGGUCCCCUACAACAUUCGUCCUACGCAACCUCCAGCGACCUCAAGACGACGUUCUAACGGCACACUACAACCAACUGAAGCCGGAUAAAACAACGGUGCACUUAGAUGCCCCGUUUGUCAAUCCCCCGACGGCUACCAGCCAUUACGAGGUGCCACCAGAAGGGGGAAUAGCAUAUCCAUGCCCGCAACCAGGCACUGAGGACAGUGCCUCAUGGAGAGAGGGGGUAGUGUAACAGUAAUAAAAAUCAUUACAUGCAACAUUAAUAAUGUGUGUUUGUAUUUCUCAUUGCAGGACAACAAAGAGUGAAUGCACUGGAAGAAGAAGAACAAGCCCUACGUCGUCUGAACCUGCAGAAUAACGAGUAAAACUAUUUUGUAAUAACUUUCCCCUUUUGUAUUAAAAACCGCGUAUUUCAAUUUCAAAUAUAUCUGCUGCACCAUC